CCUGCUCGCUCGCUUACUCGAAACCAUGUGACCAGCUGGGUUUGAAGUGGGAGCGUAAAGAUGGUUGCCGCUGUGACCGUAACAAAUCUGGAUAGAUUCCGAAGUUUCUGUUUUUUAUGGCCCAUGUUUCGCUUUAAAAACAUCCGUGAAUUAACAUGUUUGUUUGUUGCCGCUUGCGUUCUGGUGAGCCGGUCGGCGGCGGACGGCCAGGACUUUGUAGAGGAUUUCAUGAAGAGGGAAUAUUCUCUGGUGAAGCCGUACCGGGGCUUGGGUUUCUCCACUUCUUCACAGUGGCAUCUGAUGGGCACUGCCAUGAUUACACCUGACCACGUGAGGCUGACCCCGGACCUGCAGAGCAGACAGGGGGCAGUGUGGAGUCGAAUGCCACUUCUCGUGCGGGAUUGGGAGCUCCAGGUGCAAUUUAAAAUCCACGGUCUGGGGAAGAAAAAUUUGAACGGUGACGGCAUGGCUUUCUGGUUAACCAAAGAACGCAUGCAGAAUGGUCCUGUGUUUGGAAACAUGAACCAGUUCACUGGACUCGGAAUAUUUGUGGACACGUACCCCAAUUCCGAACAUAGCCUUGACAAGACAAAGUCCGGAACUCAGAGGAUGUUCCCGUACGUGUCCGUGAUGCUGGGGAACGGGUCUCUGUCCUACGACCAGGAGUACGACGGGCGGCCCACUGACCUCGGAGGAUGCUCGGCCGCGAUACGAAACUCAAUCUACGACACGUUUCUCCUCGUCAGAUACUCCAAAAACAGACUCACGCUCAGGGUGGACGUAGAUGGCAAGCAGGAAUGGAAAGACUGCGCUGACAUCACCGGGCUGCGGCUGCCUUCGGGCUACUUCUUCGGUGCUUCCUCGGCCACCGGAGACCUGUCGGAUAACCAUGACCUCAUCUCCAUGAAGCUGUUCCAGCUGACAGUAGAGAGGACUCCCGAGGAGGAGGAGGACGAUAAAGAGGAGGUCACCAUCCCCACAGUUGACAACAUGGAGCAGUUCCAAGAUGUGUCUGCUGACGACUCCCUCUUGCUCUGCAGUGGAAGUCCAGGAGGAGGGGAUGAGCGGAGUGCAGUACUUCAUCACCAUCGUCUUCUCCAUCGUGGGCCUCGGCGUGCUGUCCGUGGUGGCGCUGUCCGUGUACGGCCGCUGGAAAGAAAACAGACGCAAGCGCUUCUAUUGACGAGAGAGUGGCCGCUUCCACCUGUUUUUCUUCUUUUUUUAGAAUGCGUUGCUUCUUAAUCAACAUGCAUCACAACAACGCACAGACUGCCGUAGCUUUACUGAACCAUACAAUCGAACAAACAAACCUCAGGGGUCUGAAGCCCAGAGCCAUGAAUGGUGAGCCAGAUGUGAAGCAUUCUUUUUUCUGUGUGUGUGUGUGUGUGUGUGAGUGUGUGUGAUGGAAGGUAGAUGAGAUGCUCAAAUGUAAUUUCCUAUGAAAGAAAAAUGAAUUAUGAUAAUGCUCAUCAACUGAAAGUACAGUGGGUCUGCACUAACUGAGCCACUGUAGAUAUCAAAUAAUCGCCAACAAGAAUAGACAAACUAAAAGCCUCGAGUCGACUCCACAAAGGAAAUCCCAGCUGCUGUGUGUAGUUCACUGACUUCUUGUCCCGGGAUUUUGUGGUGUGGUUCCCUCUCACUGCCACUUGGUGCUGCUGUUGUGUAGCUGUUGUUCAUUUGGAUGGGAGCAGCUGUGAGGACCGAUCAACCCGUGGAUCCCUGUAGACGCCAUCUCGUCCGCACUGACGAAGAGUCGAGCUGUCGCAAGCCAGGGAGACAUGGCUGUGUGCUCCAUGAAGAGUUUUCAGGGCCUCGCUAGUCCCGUUCAAGACUCCCUGCGUUCCUGUCCUGUCCUUAUUUCCUGUUUGGCAUCGCGAGGCGCUCGGUUCAUUUCCUUUACAGUUCUCAGUUGUGACAUGUUAAUGUAAAGGUUUAUCCAACAUCUGUUGCCACUUGGCACCAGUUUUUUAUUUUCUUAUUUUUAAUGUUCACAAGAACCAACCUUUUUGUGGCACUGCCUUUUAAUCAGACCUGUUGAUUAGGACAACAUGUUUUAAUUUAGUCAAUGAAUUCACUUGUGAUCAUGUUACGUUAGACGUCAGCUCUAGAGGGCGCUGCUAUCUAAUCGACGUAAACAGUCAAGCUGGCACUGAACAGACAAACAGCUGGAAGAAGAAAGUCCUACUACAUAUUGGUUCAAUGUGUUAAUAUUACCCACGAUGCAACUUGGACGAUAGCUAAUGUGUUUUCUGGCUUCUCUGAUGUGAGCUUUAAUUUUUUUUAAACUUGUUUAAUUACAAAAAAAAGAAGCUCCUGUUCUGUAUGUCGAAGCAUCGUUAACGUGCGCUGACGUAAAGUUCACACAAGCAGCUGUACUGCCCUUUCUCUUGUGUUCUGAAUGUCAAGCUCUUUGUUGUCGUCGAUCAUUUCACCAUUCAUGUAGUGAAUUAUUUAAAUAUUGUUAAGCCAAUUUCAAUGUUCAGAUCAAAACAUAACCCGUUGUGACAAAAGCGCUUGUGAUCGUGCUCCUGUGUCGGGUUAUUUUCUUUCUUUUUCUCAGUAAAGAAAUUCUAAUUUGGUUUCA